GAGUUCUCUACUAUAAAAAUUGCUGAUGAGGUUCCUAGAGAAGAAGAAAUGACAGUAGACACUGUUAAUUUUACCUCAAAGCUGGAAGAAGUCUUCAAAGAAAAUGCCAAAAAUGAUGAGUUCUUAAGAUGGCAAUACUUUGGAUCCACGGCAGGAAUUGUUCGGAUUUAUCCUGGUAGGGAGUGGUCCACAAACUUUGCCGGGUUUUACAAUGAUUAUGAUCCUAGAGUUCGUCCCUGGUACAUAGCUGCCACCAGUGGUCCAAAAGAUGUUGUUAUUGUCUUAGACUGCAGUUUUUCAAUGAAAGGUGAGAAGUUCAGCAUUGCUAAGGGAGUGGCUAAGACUGUUAUCAAUACAUUAACAAAACAGGACUAUGUCAAUGUUGUGUGUGCCAGGGCUAGCCAUUGGGAUGAAGUUGGAAAGCUUCAUUACUAUGGUACAACUGCACUGAGCUGUCAGCAAGACACAAUGGUACCAGCCACAAUAGCUCACAGAAAGGACCUUAAGGAAAAGAUUCAAAAACUGAAAGCAGGGGGCACAAGUGAGCUUGAGAAGGGCUUGGAAAUUGCCUAUAACUUACUAAGAAGUAACCCUCGAACCGGCUGCCAGUCUGUCAUUGUUUUUGUCACUGACGGACAAGACACUGAUGGUGAAAAUAUCAGAUGUGGUCCAGGGUAUUAUACAAGGAGUGGGUAUGUACCUGGACCUGUUUGUAAGUACAACUGGACAAAGGUUUGGAGUGUUGCUGAUCAAAAGAGCAAGUACAGCAUACCUCAGACUAGGAUAUUUAGUUACUUAAUUAAAGAAGAUGCCGAGGAGUUUCCAGGGAGAUUGGCCUGUAGCCACAGAGGGAGUCUAGUAAAGCUGAACAAUGGGGAGAACCUCAUCUUUCAGAUGAGAAACUACUUUGACUUCCUAUCCUCUAGUGCCCUGAAUACUAAAGCCAUGUGGACCUCACCGUACCUUGAUGCCUGGGGAUUGGGAAUCAUGGUUACAUACACUAUACCAGUCAUCAGUAAUGGCACGACAAUUGGAGUUGUUGGCGUUGAUGCUACAUUGGAUCAGAUAGAGAAUUUUCUGACAAAGCAUCAAUGGGGAAAUGUGUAUUCAUUCCUUAUUAACAAGGAAGGGGAGACAAUUUAUCAUCCAAAAUUAAAACCAAGCACAAAUCUUUUAGAGGAUCCAAUAUUCAUUCCAAUUACACAACUAGAAACAUAUGAAGAAUUUCCUAUGAUUCUAAAAGAUAUGAGGGAAGGGAAUACAAAUAUGAGAGUCAUUGAACAAAAGGACAAAUCCACAAAGACCAUUUUCUAUGCAGCUAUCAACAAUUCAGAAUAUUCCUUUGCUUAUAUAUUGACAGACACAGACAAGGAAUUCCGACGUUCCCAGGAACCCAUAGAUAGAUCAAGUUACACCACAAGCUACUACAAUCUUCUCAAAGAGUACCUAAACCCAGUGGUGAAGGCCGAGUUUCCUCAUGCCUGGGAAGAGCUGGAGAUCCGUGAGAAUGAGACAGAGAGAUAUCCAGGCUUGACCAUCAGCUACAAACACUCCACCAUAUUUCUGGCCCCCAAGUCUCACUGUGAUCCUAUCCAGUACUUGUAUGAUGACAACCUGGCUAAGAAAACCAUCAAUGCACAUCGCUGGAUGAACUCGAAUGAGACGGACCUUGGUUGUGUUGGGGAUCAAAUAUAUGAUAAAGGGGUCAGGGCUGAUACAUUGAUAACACAACCUAUAGAAGAGAUCUGGAAAUCAAGAGAAUUUGAGUCCCUAUCGCAAGUCAAAUGGACAAACAUUGGACUUAGGAGUGGGAUGUUUAGAACUUAUCCUGGCCAUAGAUCAAAAAGAGGAUAUGAUCCAACAAAGCGGCCCUGGUACAAGAGAACCAGCAGUACCCCAUGGAGAACCUCAAUUUCUACACCUUAUAUGGAUGCGGCAGGAGUGGGUAAGAUUGUCACCAUCUCCCAGGCUGUGUUUGAGGGAAUGACUCCUCGUACAGAUGAGGACUGCUUCAACAUCUCUAAACCUCUACCAGGAGGCUGUGUGUGUGAAGUAGAUACUGACUGUAUCAGUCGUGUAUGUUAUGUGAGUGAAGCACCAGGUCCUAACUCUGACCAGCGCCGUUGUGCUACAGAGCGUGUGGAGGGAGUGACCGGACUGGACAUCCUGUAUGAUGAUUUUCAGAACAGAACAAUGGAGGCCAUGCAGGCCAGUAAUGGGCUGAAGUCCUGUAACCAACAUUACAUUUGUCCCAAUGGAGAAAAUAAAUGUCAGACAAGGUGCUACUUGUUUGACAGCAAGGCAUUUCUUGUAAUGGAUCCUGACUUUUUGAUAGCCAGUGCUUUAGAUGAAAGUAAAUAUGAACAGGUCCAACUUGGGACUAAAGAGGGAGAAGUCAUGAAAGACCUUAUCUACAAGCAUGGCUUCUUUGAUCGAGGAGAGAGCAUAGAUUUUCAGGGAUCAUGUCGAAUCACACCAGAAGAGCCAAAGUUAUCUCUGGAUGGGAUUCCCAAAAAUCCAGGGGAACAGGAUGACUACAUCAGAAACAAGGGUCCUAUUCCUCAGUUCAACAGUGAAUAUGGCUGUAUUCAAGAUGUUAUACAGUUUAAAACUAAUGAUCAAGCACUAGGUCCUAGUGGAAUGAUAACAGGGAAUGUAUCUGGACCCUGCAUGUCUGGAUUUUACUAUGUGACCUCACUACCAAAAACAAAUCUUUACCUGCUCAUCAUAGAGAACUGGAAUUCACACCCAGCCUCUUUCUUCUAUAAUUUCAACUGCCAAAUCACACGAAGCAUUGUGAACUCAGGAGCUUACCGUAUCAUUAACGGUACAUGUAAUCAGGUGUCAAAGUCCAGCCGCACUCUAGCAGAGGAGGGCAAGUGUCCUAAAAUGUCGGACAAGGACCUGCUGUGUAUCUACACGACAGCCACACCCCUCACCUCCACACCAGUACUACUGUUACUGACGUUUCUAUGUAUAUAUGUCUAUUUAUAACUGAGCUAGAACAUAGUGACAUCACUCAAACUUGUACAUCGAAUUUUACAUCGAGUAAAAUGGUUAUUUAGAUUAUUUUUUUCCUUUAUGACAGAAUGUGUAUAUUUUAUUAUGUUACAUAGGUCUCUCUUAGUAUUAUUGAAAUGUUAAAUGUACUUGGACAACAUUUUGUAUUUAAGUUUUACAUACAACAUUUAGAGUUGGUAAAUGAUAGUAUUCUUCUAUCAUUAUAUAGCGGAUAUAUGUGUACAUGUAUCUGAAAUAAAUGAUAAAGUCAA